AUGAGGACUAGAGGUGCUGAUAGCAACACAAAGCACUUUAUUGGAAAUUACAUCCACUUUUUUAUGGGAGGAAAGCAAGCUAGGAAUUUUGCACAAGUUUCCACUUACACAAUGAAACCUCGUAUCCCAGCAUGGAAUUGCACCAAAGAAAAUGAGUUUCAAGUGGCAACUUAUUUGGCUGCUCUGCAAAACAAGAUUGAGCAGACUUAUACAGAACCCAGAUUGGUGCCAAACGGACCAAAGAAAGCUCAACCAAAUGAAGAUGAACAAAUAGAAAUUAUCAGUUUGAAUGAAGAGGAUGAAGUUGAAAAGAAAAUUGUUUUGCCUGGUCCAUGUCCAAGCUGGGAAGAUCUAUUCACCAAUAAAGAAAACCCCUCAAGACUUUCUGAUGUGUCUCUGUCAAUUACAAGUCUAAUACAACAAUUAACCUUAGACAAAGUAGUUGAGCCAGUUUUCCAAAUGGGAAAAAAGCAGCCUUCCUUCUUGACAAGUUUUGGAAUAGAGCUACAGGCCAAAAUGCCUCCUCCAGACAGAAACUGCCGCAGGACCAGGGAUUUUCUUUCAGUAACUAAACAUUUUGCAGGUGCGUGCCUGAUGUGCCCCGAGGGUACCCGGAAUCGUGGCUUUGGGAAGGGGAUGUCGGGACUCUGGAUCCAGAUGGAAGUUAAGCCUGGCCAAUCAGAGACGCAGGAGUGA